AUGAAGAUUACGAAUGUGAAGUCUUUUGUUUCAGCAGAUGGACAUUUCUUCGUGAAAGUCGAAACCGAUGCAGGUAUCUACGGUGUCGGUGAGGGUGGACUCCGCCGUCGCGCACUCGCCUUAGCCGAAGUCGUUCGCUCGUUUGAACCCUUCCUCAUCGGCGCAGACCCGUUCCGAAUUGAACACCUAUGGCAGGUGAUGUUCCGAGGCGGCUUUUUCCCUGGAGGUGUCGUCCAAUCCGCGGCAGUGAGUGCCGUAGACAUCGCACUCUGGGACAUCAAAGGCAAAGCCUUGAACGUUCCCGUCUACGAACUUUUAGGCGGACGCACGAGAGAUAAAGUCGUCUGUUAUCCACAUAACGGCGGCGGCUCAAUUGAUGCAAUCAUCGAGAGCUGUCGGCAAACCUACGAAGCCGGUUGGAAGUUUGUCCGAUGGAGUGUGGUUGAUCAUUCUGACAGUGGGGGGACGUUUGAACCCAGACGCGCCAUCCAAAAUACCCUUAAGCAGGUGGAAGCCGUUCGUCAGGCAUUAGGCGAUGAUCUCGAAAUACUGAUUGAUGUGCAUACCCGUCUCGAUCCAGCAGACAGCCUUGAUUUCUGUAACAAGGUCGCACAGUACAAUCCGUUCUUCAUUGAGGAUCCGCUUCGAGCCGAGAACCCCGCGAGUCUGAGACGGCUUCGGCAGCAGACCUCGGUGCCACUUGCCGUCGGUGAGCAAUUUGAUAGUAAAUGGGCGUUCCGAGAAGUUAUCGAAGAAGACCUCAUGGAUUACUGCCGCGUCGAUGUCUGCAUCGCCGGUGCCGUUUGA